ACCAAGGGACAUUUUUCUGUCCUAACGCUAACAAAGACGUAUUGAAAGAAACCCAGCAGGCAGAGAUGAAUAUAAAAGAGGAGACGAUAGCCACUUUAAAGCAGUUUGACCUGGGACAGAAGUUGUCGCGUGUGCCGCUGCUGCCCAGAGCGUCGGUGCUGAUCCCGCUGUUCGUGCGGGCAGGUGAGCUGCACACGCUCAUGACGCUGCGCUCCGCACAGCUGAGGACCAGUGCCGGGGAGGUGUGUUUCCCAGGUGGGAAGAGAGACGCAGAGGACCUGGAUGACGUUGACACUGCCCUGAGAGAGGCCAAAGAAGAGAUAGGUCUGCAGCCUGACGAUGUUCAGGUGCUCUGCACAUUGUUCCCAAUCAUCAAUAAGAAAGGUCUGCUGGUGACCCCCGUUGUUGGCUUCAUAGAAGAGACCUUUUGUCCCACUCCAAACCCAGCAGAGGUCAGCGCCGUGUUCACAGUCCCGCUGGUAUUCUUCACUAAGGAGAAGGACCAUUGUGCCUCCACCGGUGCCAUUGGAAUAAUGCACUCAUUUGAUUUUGUGGACCCUGAUACAGGAUGUCAGUAUCUUAUAUGGGGACUUACAGCUACGUUUGCGAUCCUGGUUGCAGCCCUUGCUCUGAGGACAAAACCUGAGUUUGAUGUUGGUUUUGAUUCGCAGGAUCCAUCAUCAUUUUUCCAACAGAUUCUGGAUAUUAGACGCAGUAAACUAUGACAUUCCUCUUUACGGUUAUACAUCUGUGGCACAACAGGAUAGCUAAAGUGAAACAUAGUAUUUUUGACCAGUGUCUAAAUACAAAUCUGAUUUAAAACUUCUUAAACUUUGGAGGACAGUGGGGGAAAAAAAAUACACACACAGAAAUCGAGACAUUAACUUUUUCAUUAAUUCAUUUAAUGUAGCAGCGGUAGUACAGAUAUAAACAGAAGAAUAUACAAAUGUCCAGACAAAGGCAAAGUACAUUAAUAAUAGUUCAGAUGUAUAACACGCUGGGGUUGACCUUUAUCCCUACUGCAGGGUCUUAAGGCUAGAUACUAAAGCUCAAGCUACACAAAAACUGAUACAACAGAACUGUCGGAAGAUGUGGAAAAAAGCGAACUAAGAAAAGUGAGCAAACUGAUCACACACAAGAUAUAGCUCACACUAUUGGCAAAUAACAGUUAAUUAUCAUGGUUGCCCCUUUUGAUCAAGCAUUUCACAGCAACAUUAAUGCUGACAAGCACAUCAACACAAGAAAGUUCUCCAUAAAACAAUCAUCAAUAUCUCGUCCCUUUUACCUCACAUGUACAAAUCUCAUGAGGCAAGAAAAACAUUUUCAGUAUAACACUAAAACAAGGUGACAAUUCACUGGUGAAGCUGCACAAAGUGUCAACAGUAGUCACCAAUAUCUUGUACUGGAUUGAGAAAAAUGUUAACACUAAAAUAUAUAAGUAUGAGCUAUGCUUAUGCUUGUGUUGAGGACUCUAAAUCCAACUGCUGAAGUGUCCUGAUGUUACACGGUCCAAGAGGAUAAAAGGACAAGGAGCAAUGACACAAAAGGGACACCAGUAAACACAGCAGAGCAACGGUUAAGUUAUCAAGGCACACAAAGUUCUGUUGAAAGCAUCACAAUUGAAAUUCAAGAUACCCCUGCAGUAUAUUUCACAUUUAAAUAUACAUGGAUAUUCAUUUACAUGACUAAAGGACAAAAAUGAUAUUAGGCAAAGAUUUCUGUGCUCUCUUCGCCACAAAUAAAUCAAUAU